AUGUUGGAGGAGGGGGUGGUUCGUGUAACUGAUAAAGUUAUCAAGAGCCCGGAAUUUGCCAGUGAGGUCCAGGGUGUUCGUGAGGCGUGUAAGGCCCUUGGUGUUGAAAAGGGGAUGCAACUAGGUGGUUGCUCCACAAUUUCCAGUGAACUUGAAGUCCCGAAUCCUGGCCAUGUCGCGAGAAGGGCCGAAGAGGUGGAUACUGCUCUGUCGUCCCUUGUUGAGACGGAUUUCGUGGGCCUUUUUCGCUUGGGGAAGCUAGAUUAUGACAGCUUCCACCUUUUUAUCGCAGGCCGAGUCCAGGAGGUUCUUCGUCAGACUCCAAGUGAUGAUUUGUGUUUGUCCCUUUUUGUUUGUUUUGUAAUGUAG